AUGGCUCCAAAAGACACCGCCGCAUACAUUAAGGAGCUGUCCACUCCCCCGCCGCCAGGCUCGCCCUACGGAGUCCCCGUCCCCGGAACCGAGAGGGAAGGCCGCAGCGCCAUCUACCGCCAUUGGCGCUUCCGCGACGGCCCUCUUCUGUCCACCUUCGAUCCCGCCGUCCAGACCGUUCACGAUUUGUUUGAGGAAUCCGCGCGCAAGAGACCGAAUGCCAAGUGCCUGGGUCACCGAGCCUGGAUCCCAGCGACCAAGGAGUGGGAGAACAAGUACACCUGGGCUACCUACGCCGAGGUUGCCGAGCGUCGCAAGAACUUUGGCGCCGGUUUGGUAGAGAUUCACAACAGAAUCGGCAUCACAAAUGAUAACUACGGCGUUGGUCUGUGGUCGCAGAACCGCCCAGAAUGGCACAUCACCGAUCUCGGCGCUGCCUCCCAGUCUCUUUUCACCGUUUCUCUGUACGAGACCCUCGGCCCCGAUACAACCGAAUACAUCAUCAACCACGCCAACCUGGCCUGUGUUGUCACAUCUCUGCCGCAUAUUCCCGUCCUCCUGAAGCUUGCCCCGCGACUCCCCUCUCUCAAGAUGAUUGUUUGCCUCGACUCUUUGGACGCCGGUGAGCAGGCUGGUUACUCCAAGCUCUCUGUUCUCAACGGCAUCGCCGCUGAGAAUGGUAUCCAGAUCUACUCCAUGAACGGUGUCGAGGAGAUCGGCCUCAAGUCCGGCCGCCCCAUGCACCCCCCGCGCGCAAGUAACUUGGUUACUAUCAACUACACCUCCGGAACAACCGGUAUGCCCAAGGGUGUCGUUCUGACCCACGGAAACGCCGUUGCUGCUCUGGCGGCUGCCAGAUCUUCUGGAACUGUGACCUACAAGGAUGUGCACAUCUCCUACUUGCCUCUGGCGCAUAUCUACGGAAGGAUGGUUGACCAAACCGCUCUUGCUGAGGGCGCUGCCGUCGGUUUCUUCCGCGGCGAUAUUGUAGGUUUGGUCGACGACUUGAAGAUUCUCGAGCCCACUGGGUUCAUGUCCGUUCCUCGUCUAUACAACCGCUUCAACUCAGCUAUCCGAGCUGCCACCAUCGAUGCCGACGGUUUCAAGGGAUCCCUGUCUCGCCAGGUCAUCGCCACCAAGAAGGCCAACAUGAAGCUGCCUGUUGGCAAGGCGAGCAACACUCACUUCCUUUACGACAGAAUCUGGACUCCCAAGGUCCGCGCCGCUGUUGGCCUGAAGAAGGUUCACAGCAUGGUCAGUGGUAGCGCGCAACUGGACCCUGAUGUUCACGAGUUCCUGCGGGCCGCUUUCGGCAACAACUUCGUGCAGGGUUAUGGCCUGACGGAGUCUUAUGCCGUCUCUACUGUUCAGCUGAACGGUGACUUCACUCUGGGCAACAUCGGACCCCCGGCAACAUGUAAUGAGGUCUGCCUCGAGUCCGUCCCUGAUCUGGAGUACCUCGCCAGCGACAAGCCUUACCCGCGUGGCGAGAUCCUCCUCCGCGGACCCAGUAUCUUCAAGGAGUACUACAAGAACGACGAGGAGACGGCCAAGACUAUUGAUGCCGAUGGCUGGUUCCACACCGGAGAUAUUGCCGAGGUCGACAACAUGGGUCGCUUCAAGAUCAUCGACCGCAAGAAGAACGUCCUCAAGCUGUCGCAAGGAGAGUACAUCUCCCCCGAGCGCAUCGAGAACGUCUACUUGGGCAGCAGCAACUUGGUCACCAUGGCCUACGUCCACGGUGACCCGGCUCAGUCCACCCUAGUCGCCAUCUUCGGCAUCGACCCCGAGACCUUUGCUCCAUUCGCCAGCAAGGUUCUCAAGAAGACUGUCGACAAGACGGACCUCACCGCCCUCAAGGUCGCCGCCAACGACCCCAAGGUCAAGAAGGUCUUCCUCGGCGAGCUGGACAGGAUCGGCAAGAAGCACAAAUUCAACAGCUACGAGCGCGUGCGCAACGUCUUCCUUGCCAUCGACCCUUUUACAAUCGACAACGAGCUGUUGACGCCUACUCUCAAGCUGAAGAGACCACAGACCGCCAAGGCCUUCCGUGGCCAAAUCGACCAGAUGUACGAUGAGAUCAACUCUGAGCCGUCCGCCAAGCCCAAGCUUUAA